AUGGAGAGACAGUCGGUUUUCUUCAGAUUAUGUUUCACUGUAAUUUCACUCUUUUUAGCCUAUAAUGACGGAAAACCAUGGGCUAGGGAACGAUGCUUUCAGAUAGAUGAUGGUUAUGAUUGCAGUGAUUUAGACCUUAAGCUCAUUCCAGACGAGGUACCAAAUUCUGUCCGAAUUCUGAAAUUCAGCUUCAAUUACCUGCCUUCUCUGUACAACUUUACUUUUCAAAGGCUCCGGAGCCUCACUUUUCUAGAGCUAACAAGAUGUGGCAUCGUUUUCAUGUAUGAAGACAUUUUUGAAAAUCAGCCUCACCUGGAAGUCCUCAUCCUAAUUGGAAACCCACUUGUGUUCAUUGCAAACAGAGCUUUUGUUGGACCACAGGCCUUGAAACAUCUCAGUCUAGCUCAGUCGAAGAUAAAAAGCCUUUCAGACAUCCCAUCAGAUAAUCUUGUCAAUUUGGAGGUUCUAGACCUUAGAGGCAGUGACAUUCGCUCAUUAGACGGACUAAGCAGUUUCCAUUUUCAAAAGUUGAGAAUGCUAAAGCUGGACAUGAAUUCUAUUGAGCGAAUAACUGCAGAUGAUUUGAAACCACUUCAUUAUGUCGUCGGGAUGAAUAUAAGCUUCAAAGGAAAUGAUAUUGUCUAUGUAGAACCAGGUGCUUUUCAGUCGCUGACCUUAGGGAGUCUGGAUAUCAGUGGCUGCCUGGGAAAGAUGGACAUUUCUGUCCUACUAAAAGGCCUUGAAGGCAUUAAAACCAAUAGACUGAACCUGGGAUUGUACGAAUCCGAUCCAGCAGUGCACAUACCUUCUUCUGCACUACAAUGUUUCUGCAACAUCUCCGUGACUGAUCUGGAUUUCCAGAUUGUGCAUUUCUCAGACCUGAACAAUUCCACAUUUCGUUGCCUUGAAGGCCUUCAGAAGCUAGACCUUACCAGAACUCACCUAGGUUUACUGCCCUCCAUCUUGACCGGCCUGUCAACAUUAUCCCAUCUGGUGCUAGAUGAGAACAGCUUUCUGGAUGUCUGCCACAUCAAUUCCAGAAACUUUCCCAAGCUUACACACUUGUCCAUAAGUGGGAACAUGAAGAAACUCACAUUCAGCAGUAGAUGCUUAGAGAGUCUUGGAAGAUUAGAGGAGCUGGAUCUCAGCAUUAGUCAAGUGAACCCCACAGGACCUUGUUGUAAUGACCAGCUGUUUGGACUCGGUCACCUUAAAGUCCUCAAUCUCAGCUAUGGCUCACCCAUGCGCUGGAAUUCACAGCCUUUCAGUGUAGUGCCUCAAUUGGAGCACUUGGACUUUAGUCGUUCAAGCUACACUCUGAACGACAGCUCACCUUUCAGUAGUCUACAGAAUCUUAGCACUCUAAAUAUAUCCUGGUCUAACACGAAUCUCACAAACGUGCAACUUUUCAAAGGCUUAAAGAACUUGCGACUCCUCAAUUUGAAGGGGAACCCCAUUCUAGGAGGGGUUCUUACUCAAACAGAGCUCUUCAAACCCAUCCCUGUUCUGGAAACACUCAUUUUAUCUGCAUGCAGAAUUACUGCCUUCAAGGAGAACUUGUUUAAAGAGCUCACACAACUCAAGCAAGUAGACUUCAGUGAAAACCAGCUGACCAAAAUCAGCACCGCAGCAUUCUACUCCUUGAAGUUUCUCCAACUUAACUUUGCUAAUAAUUUCUUUGUGACGGUGGAUGUUGGAAGUGUUAUGAAUUUGGGAAAUGGUAGUAGUGUUGAUCUGAGUUAUAAUCCUCUGGCAUGCAACUGUAGCAACUUUCAGUUUAUGAAAUGGGUUAAGGACAAUAAAGUCAAGGUGAGACAACUAAUGGAGACAGUUUGUAACGGCACAGGAACAAGGAUUAUAGAUGUCCACUUGCAAUGUGAAUUCUCUGUUGGUAUACUUGCAUUUUCCAUCACUAUAGCUGCAAUUGUAAUUGCAUCUGGUGCUUUCUGCCUCUGCAGGAGAAUUAGGAGAAGAUAUGCAAGAUACAGUCAACUUUAAUAUUCAGAUUUUUGUUUUUAUCUCUCUCCAGACAAAUGUUGGCUUAAUGUCUGGUUUUUUGAAAAUUCAGGUUAGGUUAGGGUUAACCUAUCCCUAAUACUUGUCUUAGUGGGUGGGGGUGAGCACAUUUCAAACAAAUUGUCACACUUUACAAUAAGGUUAAAAGGUUAUAAUACUUUUAUAUCACUCAUUACUCGUACUUAAUGUUAACUUCAUCAUAUACUAAUGCAUUUUUUAAACAAAGCUAAAAAUGUUAACAUUAGUUCAUUAUAUUUUGGUCUGUUUUACACCCAAAACCAAAGAUAUCGAUUCAAAGGACAUAGAUUACACCACUUGGGUCGUAUGGAUUAUCUUUAUGUCCUUUUUGGAUCUUGAAAGUUUUGUACCCCUUUGCCUUGAACUUCGUGUGACAGGAGGGAGGGCGGGACCGGGUCGUGAUUAUACACACCCGGUCCCUUAUCAGGCUAAUUAAGCAUCCGAGAGGGAUAAAGGCUGAUUGCGGACGGUGGUGCGACGAGAGAGAGAUCGUUUACGGACAUGUCCGUCACAUGUGUUUUUGUCUUUUAAGUUAAUCAUUAAAAUAUUGUUUAUAUCGCCAGGCCGGUUCUCGCCUCCUUUCCAUUGAACUGCUUUACACUUUGUAAUGACAAAAUGCAAAUUGAUA